AUGUCAAACGAACCAACAUCAUCAUUUUAUGAAUUAAGAUUACCACCUUCUGAUGGUAUUUCAUCAGUAAACUUUUGCCCAAACUCUGUAAAUUUAUUAGUAACAUCAUGGGAUAGUACAGUUAGAUGUUAUGAUACACAAAAUAAUGUACAAAAAUGGCAAUAUAAUCAUAAAGGACCAGUGAUGGAUGGAUGUUUUCCAGAGAAGAAUAAAGUAUUUUCAGGAGAUGUUUUUGGGAGUGUAAAACAUUAUGAUCCAGUAGCAGGUGUUGAAAAAGAGGUAGGUAGUCAUGAGGAUGGUGUAAGAUCAGUGGUUUAUAAUAGCGAUACACAACAAUUGUUUACAGGUGGUUGGGAUCAACAAUUGAAACUAUGGGAUAUACGUAGUGACAAGAUGGAGAUAUCCAAUCACGACUUACAGUCGAAAAUAUUCACAAUGGAUGUCAGUCCAAUUUCAAAUAUGUUGGUCAUUGGCACUGCAGAUAAAUAUGUAACCAUAUAUGACACUCGUCAAAUGGAAACACAUUUACAAAAGAGGGAAUCCUCAAUUAAAUAUCAAACAAGAUGUAUACGUACUUUCACAGAUGGCAAAGGAUAUGCAUUGGCCUCGGUGGAGGGUCGUAUUGCAAUGGAAUAUUUCGACCCUUCCCCUGCGGUACAAUCAAAGAAAUACGCUUUCAAAUGUCAUCGUUUAACCGAAUCUGGUGUAGAUGUGGUUUAUCCUGUAAAUUGUAUCGCUUUCAAUCCCCAUUAUGGCACCUUUGCAACUGGUGGUUGCGAUAAAAACGUUUUCUUCUGGGAUGGUGCAAAUCGUAAACGUUUACAUGCUUUAAAAACUUAUCCAACUUCAAUCUCUUCAAUGUCUUUCAAUACUGAUGGUAAUAUAUUAGCUGUUGCUUCUUCUUAUACUUUUGAAGAAGGUGAAAAAGAUCAUCCACCUGAUCAAAUUUUUAUUCAUAAUAUUUUAAGUGAAAAAAUUAUAAAACCAAUAAAAUAA